AUGACAUCCCUCCCUGCUACUAUCAAAGCUCUUCAGCUGCAAGCAAAUAGGACGGUUACGGUUGCUGACCUUCCCUUCGCUACUCAGGACAAGGUGAAGAGCCUGCCAGAAGACGAGGUCUUGGUCCGCAUUCGCGCAGUUGGACUUAACCCUACCGACUGGAAACACGCAUUCACGGAAUGGGGCUCGCCUGGAGCCAUCGCGGGCUCUGAUGCCACUGGAGACGUUGUCACCGUGGGUUCAGCAGUCACCCAUAUCAAGGUCGGCGACCGUGUAGCCGUAUACAAUGAUGGAGGAUACCGGCAGAAAGACAAUGGCGCGUUUGCCGAGUACGGUCGCUUCCUCGCGGCACCAGCCUUCGUGUUACCCCCAGAAAUGACGUACGAAGAGGGCGCCUCUUUCCCAGUUCCACACUACACCGCCGUGCAGGCCCUUCACAUGCGACUAGGCUUCCCAUGGCCAUUGAGCUCAGACGCUACUGAGUCCAAGAAGACGAGCGAGAAGAUCCUGAUUUGGGGCGCUAGCACGGCUGUUGGACAUCACGCCGUUCAGCUUGCAGCACUAUCAGGUCUCAAGGUCUUCGCGACGGCAUCGCCUUCAGCGCACGAAGAGGUGAAAGCGCUCGGUGCAUCCCGCGUCUUUGACUACAAGGAUCCGGACGUGGCUUCGAAGAUCAGGGAGGCGGCGGGCGAGAAGGGAAUCAUCUAUGCACUUGACGCUGUAUCUGAGAAAGGCACCACGGACAUGGUCAUUGACUCUAUUUCGCCGACGCGCGGAGGAAAGGUCAUGAUCGUGCUUCCCGUCUCCGAAACGACGCAGAAACGCCGCGAGGACGUUCAGGUCGAGCUGAUCAUCAUGGGAACCGUCCUCGGUAUCGAGCUUAUAGCUGCAGGGGAUAUCCGCCUUCCAGCGAUCCCGGAGGAUAGAGCUCGCAUCUACGAGUAUUGCACUCAGGUUCUCCCCUGCAUUCUCGACGGGUGGAAGGCUAACGUCGGCGCGCCACACUUCAAGACGCAACGACUGCGUUCACUUCCGGGAGGACUGGAAGGCGUUGCGCAGGGUAUGAAGAUCAUGCAAGAGGGCGCAUAUGGUCGCGAGAAGCUUGUGUGUAGGAUAGCAUGA